AUGUCUGCAUCAACUUCUGGAAAAACCCUGACCAACGAGUCCAACGAACACACCGAACACACCGGAGACACCGAACGUAGUCCACCACCUCCUUCACCUCCUCCCCUCACCCAUUCCGAAUGGCGCGCCCAGUACACACACCACUGGCAUCUCCACAACACCACCACAACCCUCACCGCCACGCACGAAGCAGCCAAAGCCGACCUCGCCGCCGCACAAGCCCAAAACGAAAAGGCCAUGCAAAACAUCGAUCGGCUCCUGGCAGAGUAUGUCGCACAAGAGCUGAGAUCAAUCGCCGCUUGCGCCAGGAUAGAUCGCGACUUGGGUGAGCUGGAGGAUGCGUUGGGCUUGCAAAAGCGGACUCUGGUGGGCCUUGCGGCGGAUGAUCAGCAGAGGGUGGUUCGGGAGAGGCUUGAGGCUAUCAAGCGGACGGAGGUGAGGGUGGAGAGGCGUUGUUGGGGGCCGUUGAGGUUGACGGGGAGUUUGUUGUUUUGA